AUGGAUAUCCCAAGGUUAAUAGCGGUCUUGUUAAUUGUUUCUGUGGUAACACAGCUGUCGCUCAGCGCACUUCUGUCCUACGAAGCCCAAGAUACAGUUCUUGAUCUAAUGACCGAGAAAGGCUUCAGUGGCCUGGUAACCACCAACCUGCUAAUGAAAGACGGACCACGGCCUAUUUACCGCAAGGACCUGGGCACAAAUCAUAUCGCCUACUAUGAAAUCCUAAGCGGUGACGGGAAGGAUUUCUAUCUUCUAUCAGCUGGUUCCAAAACCGGUGAUAACCGGUUUGUGGAGAGCGGUGAGAUCAAUGCUACUGCUCAGCAAUACCGACCAACUGAUGCGCUAAACAUUCAAGCAAGAAAGAAUGGCCAGAGUUGUUACAGGCAUUACCGUCUUAGCCAGGCUGGGUUGUACAUGUGUGAAGAUCAGCGUGGAACUCCUGUCGCCGCCACGUAUAACUGGACUUCAAACGCGCCGGUUAGUCUGUAAUUUUUGCAAUUUUUGGAAUUAAAAGCCCGGGGGGAAUUCCAUAUGAAAGGGGUGGGGAUGCUCGUCGGAAAUUUUGCAUUAAACCCCCUAAAGGAGACCAAUCUGGGCGUGGCCUAACCUUUUUUUGACCCCUAAAAGAGACCAUUUUAAAACACAGACAAAUAAAAAUUACAGCGUCGACUUUUAAUGAUAGCAAAGACAUCAUCAUCGAAUACUUUUACCAAUGCGUUGUUUUAAAAGGCAUCGUCAUAAAUCUUAAGUUUAUCAUAUUCGCUCAUUGUAUCUUUGGCAUGUAGUGAAAAAGCAAACUUGAAAAUGUUGAAAAGAACUGUAACUGCAAUAUAUCAUUAAACAAUAUCGAGGCAUCAUAUACUAUUUACUACGAAGGUUGAAAGUUGGUAGUGGUCAGUCAAAUUUUGUAUCUACCCCUUUGCACGUAGUUUACGAGUUUCCUAUUACUAUAACAAUGGACAAAGACAUUUUGUUACAACUUUCUUUAGGUGUUGGUGUUAUAGACUAACUUUGAUUACAGUAAAUCGAGUAAGUAAAACGAAUUGAAAAUAUAUAGUUUAUAAUUUUUUUUAUGUAUUUCUUCGCGUGCAAACCGGCCUAAAAGUGACCUUUAAGGCUAAAUAUAAUGGCGUUUUGCCCUUUAGUUAAUUGAGACCAAUCCGAAAUUUCAAAGCGAGACGACAAGCAUCCCCGCCCUUUUAUAUGGGAGUCACCCUCCGGGAUUAAAAGGUACCUCUAUCUGGAGGCUUACUACAUUUUUCUCCACUGCCGCAACAAAAAUAAUGACUGCCGUCAUACCUUUAAGAAAAACAAUCUCACCAGCAAGACAAUCCGAGCUCAGGGCUGCAGCCAGACGACUUAUUUUUAUGAUUAUGAUUAUUAUAUUAUAAUCAGUUUUUCAUUGUUAUUUAUUAAUGUUUGUUUUCGAUGAAAAGUUAGUUCAUUCUUCGUCGUAUAACAGAGCCAGCCUAUAUACUAAAUACACUGACACUGAUUAUUGUACCAGUCUAUUCGUUUUGUUUCAUCUAUAUUAGAUGAGUUUUUUUUUUCUCAGAAUCCUUUAUCUCAGACAAAAAAUACCAAUUUUAAAAAUAUUAAAAAUACUUAAGAGUUAAAUGAGAUUCAAGCAAAAAAUUGCUAACUUUUUUCUUGAAUUUUGUACAAUAUUUUCGUAAUUUUUCUAUGCGCACGGAGACUGGAAAUUAGUUGUGUAUUCAUUUUCAGGUUAAUACAUCGCAGUGGAAAAGUUUAGCUGGAAUGGUAAAGUUAAGUCUUGCAGACUUUAACAAAGAAUGGAAAGAGCUCUCGUACGAAGUUGGCGAGGAAGGUGAAUGAGCGAGCCUCAAGUACAAACAGAAUGUAAAGAAAGAAGAAAGAUACGGAGAAGAUGUUUUGGAGGCAGGAUCUAAGGCCAGGGUGUCUCUGGGAUUGCGCUUCCAGUCUAAGGUAUCUCCAAGGAUACUGUUCUCUGGUACAGGUGGCAAAAAAAGUGAUCUUACAAACGCUGAAUGGCAGAAGAGACUUUGUCAAGUCCUGAGGAANCAAUUUUAAAAAUAUUAAAAAUACUUAAGAGUUAAAUGAGAUUCAAGCAAAAAAUUGCUAACUUUUUUCUUGAAUUUUGUACAAUAUUUUCGUAAUUUUUCUAUGCGCACGGAGACUGGAAAUUAGUUGUGUAUUCAUUUUCAGGUUAAUACAUCGCAGUGGAAAAGUUUAGCUGGAAUGGUAAAGUUAAGUCUUGCAGACUUUAACAAAGAAUGGAAAGAGCUCUCGUACGAAGUUGGCGAGGAAGGUGAAUGA